CGGGUAGAAUGGCCAGAACCAAGCAGACUGCUCGUAAAUCUACAGGUGGCAAAGCUCCCAGAAAGCAGCUUGCUACCAAAGCUGCUCGUAAAAGCGCCCCAGCUACUGGCGGCGUGAAGAAGCCUCACCGCUACAGGCCUGGUACAGUAGCCUUGAGAGAAAUUCGUCGCUAUCAAAAGUCCACUGAGCUGCUGAUUCGUAAACUACCCUUCCAGCGCCUGGUGAGAGAAAUCGCCCAGGAUUUCAAGACCGACCUUCGCUUUCAGAGCUCGGCCGUCAUGGCUCUGCAGGAGGCCAGCGAGGCGUAUCUGGUUGGUCUGUUCGAGGACACCAACCUGUGUGCCAUCCACGCUAAGAGGGUGACCAUCAUGCCAAAAGACAUCCAGCUGGCUCGCCGUAUCCGUGGCGAACGUGCUUGAGUGACCAGUUUUACAUUUCAAUCCCAAAGGCUCUUUUAAGAGCCACAUCAACUAAUCAGAAAGCAAAUUGCCCAUUUUAGGAUUUUUAUUCUUAAAUAAUUUGGGGGCUAUUAAGGAUAAGGAUUCUUUCGACUGAAAUUAACAAGUAACUUCCCAGGGGGUCUAUUCUAGGCUGCAUUUGUGAAAUUGGCUAUUUGGUUCGGGUUUUAAAAAACGCGCUUUAAAAUUAUAAAUUCAACAGCCCUUUAGUGCCACCUAGUGGAGACGAACUAGAGGCAUCCAUUAUUGGCCAGGCGCUGCUGAUGAGAACUAACUCUAAAAUACUAACUCUAAACUAUUGGCAAAUUGUAUUUGUAAAUAUUGACAAAGUGUACAGAGAAAUAUAGGAAUACCUUUGAACACGAACAUACAACAUUGUAGUAACAACAACUAUGCUAUAUUAGUAUACUGUAUAACGCAUAAAACAAGAAAUUUGAAAACAAAAACCAAUAAACCAGUGCCCCUCGGAUUAUGAGAGUCAGAGAUGUAUUCUGGUGUCCAGCUUUUUCAAAAGUGUGGUCACAGUCUGUAUUUGGUAAGGAUAUGCUUUUAUUUC